UGACCGUUGUAAAUGAAGAAAUCAGUCGAGGUCGAGCUCUUUAGACUCUCAGAGCUAAGAAGAAACAUUUGCUGAAGUAUACCAAAAAGACGUUACUGUGAAAAGAUGGCGAAAUUAAUUUUAUUCAUCUUCGUAGCGUUGCUAGCUACGUCUCUUAUCAUGGCAGCACCCGAUAAGUCGAACAGUUGUGGUCGACAUGGUGACCCCUGCUCUGUUGGGUGCUGCACUGGUCUUAGAUGUCAUCCUUAUGCAAAUAGAUGUCAGGUUAUAAUUACUGAAGAGGAGCUGAUGGCUCAACGUGAGAAAAUCUUGGGUCGAAAAGGCAAAGAUUAUUAAAAGAUGUAACAACGAUCUUAUUUAAAUCAUUGUGAGUUUAAUCUGAGAAGAUUGCAUUUCAAGAAAUUAGAGAUUAAUAUAUAAAAUAUGUAUAAUAUAAAAUUUUUUGUACAAUCAAAAAGUUAUUGUUAGUAUAGGUGAUAUCUUUCAAGACGAGAAGUGCAAAUAAAAGCAUAAAUUAUAAAUGUA